UAAAUUCUCAAGACUUCACACUUCAGCUCAGAACCGACAAUACUUCUGUGGAAUGCAACGACAUGCAUAUAACCGUGGUCAAUGAUACAGUACUAGACAUUCAUUGUCAGCCAGGUGCAUUUUUUCACGAGCUUAUCAUCACAGGGACAGGUGUGAAGUCGCUGUGCUAUGUACGUAUUAGUGGAG